CCCCCGCCGCGGCCGGAGGUAGCGGUAGUGGCGGCAGCCGGAGCGCGGCCGUGCCGGAGCGCGGGCCCCGCGGUGACGGGCGCUGAGGUCCUCGGGAGCUGUGCGGCUUCGGCGGGGCCCGGGGGGCGGUCAGCGGCCCUGGGGGGCCGCGGCGGUGCCGGCAUGGAGCAGGCAGCGCCCAAGAGCAAACUGAAAAAGCUAAGUGAAGAUAGUUUAACUAAGCAGCCUGAAGAAGUCUUUGAUGUUCUGGAGAAGCUUGGUGAAGGGUCUUAUGGUAGCGUGUUUAAAGCAAUACACAAAGAAUCUGGACAAGUUGUAGCAAUUAAACAGGUCCCUGUGGAGUCAGAUCUUCAAGAAAUAAUUAAAGAAAUCUCUAUAAUGCAACAAUGUGACAGUCCUUAUGUUGUCAAGUACUAUGGCAGCUACUUUAAGAACACAGAUCUGUGGAUUGUUAUGGAAUAUUGUGGAGCUGGCUCUGUUUCAGACAUAAUUAGACUGCGUAAUAAAACGCUAACAGAAGAUGAAAUUGCAACUAUUUUGAAAUCUACUCUUAAGGGACUUGAAUACUUGCACUUUAUGAGAAAAAUACAUAGAGAUAUAAAAGCUGGAAACAUCCUUCUUAACACUGAGGGACAUGCAAAAUUAGCUGAUUUUGGUGUGGCUGGCCAGUUAACAGAUACAAUGGCAAAACGUAACACUGUUAUAGGAACUCCGUUCUGGAUGGCACCUGAGGUCAUACAAGAGAUUGGCUAUAACUGUGUGGCAGACAUCUGGUCCCUUGGUAUAACUUCAAUAGAAAUGGCUGAAGGAAAGCCUCCAUAUGCUGAUAUUCACCCAAUGAGGGCUAUUUUUAUGAUUCCUACAAAUCCCCCUCCAACCUUCCGGAAGCCAGAGCUCUGGUCUGAUGAAUUCACAGAUUUUGUGAAGAAAUGCUUAGUGAAAAAUCCUGAACAAAGAGCUACAGCAACCCAGCUGCUACAGCAUACAUUUAUUAAGAAUGCUAAGCCAGUUUCAAUUUUAAGGGACCUGAUCACUGAAGCAAUGGAGAUAAAGGCAAAGCGACAUGAGGAACAGCAGAGAGAACUAGAAGAGGAGGAAGAAAAUUCGGAUGAAGAUGAGUUGGACUCUCACACCAUGGUGAAGACCAACUCAGAGAGCGCCGGAACCAUGAGAGCCACCAGCACGAUGAGUGAAGGCGCUCAGACAAUGAUUGAGCACAACAGCACCAUGUUAGAAUCAGACUUGGGGACCAUGGUAAUCAACAGUGAUGAUGAUGAAGAGGAAGACGGGACCAUGAAACGAAAUGCUACUUCACCACAAGUUCAAAGACCUUCUUUCAUGGACUAUUUUGAUAAACAAGAUUCCAAGAAUAAAAGCCCUGAAAACUGUAAUCAGAACAUGCAUGAACCUUACCACAUAUCCAAAAAUGUUUUCCCUGAUAACUGGAAAGUCCCUCAAGAUGGAGACUUUGAUUUCUUAAAAAAUCUGAGUUUAGAAGAAUUACAGAUGAGAUUAAAGGCUUUGGACCCCAUGAUGGAACGAGAAAUUGAGGAGCUUCGUCAGAGGUACACUGCAAAGAGGCAACCCAUCCUAGAUGCAAUGGAUGCAAAGAAACGGAGGCAGCAAAACUUCUGAGUUUGUUUUCCUUUCAAACAUAAUACCAGGAGUCAGUGUGGACACUGAUAACUUUGUAAGUCAGAAGGAAUUAGAUUAUGAGAGUUUUCAAAAAUCCAAUCUGUUAAAUUUUCUUUCACAAGCAGUGACAAUUGCAGCAGUCAAGAAUAUCCAUAUGGUGUUCUGCAAAGGCAGCAAAACACUUUACCACUUGUUUGCAUUUUCAGAUGUUUAAUGUAAUAGAAGUUUAAUCUGUUACUUCCCAGUCUUUUUCAGGUGUGUAGUGGUAACUUGGUGUUGUACAUUGGGAAUUGUGUUUUGGAGCACCUGGAAUGUUUUUUUGAUCGUGCAACACUACCGAGCCUUAUAUUACAAUAUUU